AUGGUCGGUAUUCACUGUUUUCUCCUCCUUCCAACGGCUGUCGGUGUUGCUUUUGCGGGGCCAUGCAAACCUGUGAGUUCCAUUAUCACUGCUCUCGAAGAAACAAGCACCUUUACUACAGCGCCUGAAACGUCGGCCGCCGAGUCGUCUACCAUCUUCUUCAGCGCAUCCACUACCGAAGAUACUACCGCAUCUACCACUCUCCUCACUGAGACUACCGCCACGACAGCGGCUGACGAGACGAACACGGAGAUCUCUUCCAACACCAUCUCAACGGAUGCGGCCGAGUCAUCUCUCUCCACCGAUAUUACCUCUCUGGCUACAACUGCAGAGACAACAACCUCCAACUCUGCAACAACCACGACUACUGCUCCGGCGCCCGAUGUUACAUGUCCCUCAACUAGAGCUCAGUGUUUCGGAUCAAUGAACAUUAAAUGUGGAGUUUUCCUUGUUGGCAUUACUAAGAACUCUCUUGUCGAUAAUCUAGACGAGUGUGUUCGAGCAUGUGCUGCAGACGCCGGUUGUUAUGGGUUUAGUUACAUGGCAUCACAGAACCUAUGCUUCACAGCUCCUAGUGCUAAUACUAUCCUCGGCCAGCGGCAAUCUAGUCCGUGGGACUCUGGAGUCAAGGGAACUUGCUAG